AAACUGAAGGGAAUCUGCAUUAACAUCAUUCUGCUCACAUCGUGACCAUCAACAUCAUCAUCACCAUCAACAUCAUCAUCACCAUCAUCAUCAUCAUCGUCACCAUCAUCAUCAUCAGUCAUGAUCUCUCGUGGUCUCCUGCUGGUUCUGCUGGUUCUCACCUGCCUUCAGUCUUUUACAACGGCCCAGAAUGGAAAUGGACCAGACUCAUGCUGCUUCAGUUACCAGAGAACUCCAAUCCCUAUCAGAGUCAUUACAGGGUAUAAAGUAACAGACCCUCAGUGUACAAAACUUGGAGUCAUCUUUACCCUGAAGAACAGCCGUCGUGUGUGUGUAGAUCCUGAAGUCGACUGGGUGCAGAAACACAUGAAAAGUAUUGACCAGAUCCUGAGCGAAAUUUGAAUCGAGUGUUUAAAGCGUUUCUCUAAUGAGUAAUUCAUAUUCAUACAGAAUUCACUUUUUCUGUAGUUCAGCAGGAAGAAUCUUUUUCA